AUGGCUGUGUGUGAUGCCAGCGAAAAGCUCCCAAAGCUGCAGAUUGAAGCCGUGCUGAGUGUACGACCGGUGAAGGUGUCAGAACCACGACGAGUUCGCCAGGUUUUGAUGAGUGACACUGACUCAAUUAUGAAGAAAAAGGGCAUUCAUGGUUGCUACCAAAUCGUUCUCUACUACGAGUCGUUGAACGAGGAAGAGGGUGAUAAGUUUUUGGCUGGUUGGAUUGUAGAGUCAUUAGGCAGUGCCCUGGUGGAACACCCACUUCUUUCUGGGAGGCUCAAAAGGAAGGACAGUGAUGAGGACGAGGCAGUGUUGGAGAUUGUGUCCAAUGAUUCUGGCAUUCGACUCUACGAGGUUCGCUUCCCCAUGGUCUUGUCAGAGUUUCUUUCAUUGAGAGCUGAAAAGGAGCAUCUUGAGGCUGAGCUUGUCUUUUGGAAGGAAAUUGGUGAACACAAUCCUCAGUUCUCUCCUCUCUUUUACGUCCAGGUGACCCGGUUUGAAUGUGGAGGAUACACAGUAGGUAUUAGCUGCAGCCUUCUCUUGGCAGAUGCGUUGGUGGUAGAGAACUUCCUCAAGACUUGGGCUGACAUUCACAGCAGCAUGUUACUCCAAAGACAAGAGAUUAAAGCACCCAUAUUUCAUCACUCUCUUCUCGUAAAAAACGACGAGCCUCUCCAUGCUGAUGUGAUCAACCGCACCAGAUGCAGAAAGGCACAGAGCAUGGCAUUCAAGUUCAUUGGCAAAGACUUAAAUUUGAACCAGGAAUUUUGGAGGGAAGUUGCCAUGCUGUGCGUUGAGGAAGCAGAGAAAAAGCUUGACAAGAGGGUGUGGACAGAAUUUAGUUUGUUUGUGAAAGAAUCGUGUGAGGUGAUCAAGGUAGAGGGUCACUCAAAGAGUGGAUACUGUAAGAAAGUGUUGGACCAAAGCCUAAAGAAUGAAAUCAGUGGUGGCACGUGGAAUGAUUUUGGAGAGUUCGUAAUGUUUCAUGAAGGAAACAAGCCUGUCCUUGUUUCUCGUUGGAUUGGAUCAAUUGCUGCUGAUGAUGGGAACGUUGUAGUAAUUCCAUAUCUGGAGGAAAAGGCCUCUGCUGUGAUCAUUGUUUCUCUCCCUUGAAGUUCUUGAAAUUAUUUAAGGAGUCUCACUGUUAGUCAUAUUUUCAAGGAUUGUGAU